UUUACCAUUUCAUAAUCAUCACUUUCAGAUCGUCAUCUUUGCCGUGGUUUUUCGCUCUUUGAAUCUCCGUUUUUGAUUCUACGCAAGGCUCUUAGUUUUUCCCACUCUCACGAAGAUGGAGGAGACACCUUUUAGGGCAAGAGAGAAGCUAAUUGAGAAGCAAAGAUUGUUUCAAAGCAUUCAGAAUAGCACUCAUCUCAAGGGUCCAAUGGAUAAAAUCACAUCUGUUGCUAUCCCUCUUGCAUUAGCUGGAUCUUCGAUCUUUCUCAUUGUUCGAGGAAUAUAUAACAUGUCUCAUGGGAUUGGAAAGAAAGCAUAAGCAUAUGAAGUUUUUUUUUUUUUUUUUUGAAGGUUAAAUAAUUACUAGGUAGCAUAAGUGUUACUUAGUAAUGGUUGUGUGAUUUUAUUCAUUUGUUUGCUGUGGAUUGAAGCAUGGCAUUUUGAGAUAUCAUUGGAAUUAUGUUAAUAAUUUUGUUCAUGAUUGAAAGCUUUUGAAUAUAUUGCAUGGAGAAAAUGGCUUGUAGUGCGGCAUUGCAAAAUCAUAAAUUGGUUUUAAUUUAUUAUAGAAUCUUUUUUUGGAAAAAAACUUGA